AUGCAGCUCAUUCUGCUCUGUGCUGCAAUUGCUUUGGUAUUUAUUUCCACUGUCGAAAGCGUCCCGUUCAGCAAACGUUCCCAAGUCAAUGCUCCAGGUUGGGAUCCACGUUCGACGCCGUUUCCACCAGUUCGACGUGGAAAUGAGGUAUUUCAAUAUCGUUCCUAUGAAGCGAAAGGCAAUGUUUCAGUUCCUGAUCCGUACAAUUGGUUUGAAUCAGGAGAUGCUGGCGAUUUCGUCAAUUCGCAAGUUGCUUUUUCCAAGACUUAUUUGGAUAAAUUGGAAGAUGUAGACGCCAUGCGUUCUGCAAUCAAAGAUGUUGAUUCACGUACCACACUUACAAGUGCUUCUGCAUUCGGUCCCAAAGAUGAUCCAACUUAUUUGUACUAUUUCAUGGAAGCAGGAUCGACCUUUUGGGUAUCUUACAUUGCCAAACAAAAAGAUAUGGAUGAUGCUGCUCGUACUAAAUAUGCGAAUUUACCGGGCAAGGCUUUGAUCGAUGAUAGCCUUUUGGGCGGCAAGGUCUCUUUUCGACAACAAAUCUCUCCUGAUGGCACAAAGGUUUUAUACAGCGUUGCCGAUCCAGGUACAUGGGAAAAUGUCCAGAUCUAUGUUCGUGACAUUUCCAAACCUUUGACUGACAAAUCACAAAAGGUUCAAUUGGGAGGAAAUGGUCAUUAUCCAGACGUUAUCGAUAACAUUCAAGGGGGUUCCGAAUCAUGGUCAGGAGACAGCAAAAGCUUCUUCUAUUCUAGCUCUGAUGGAUCUGUUCGUUAUCACGUCUUAGGCACGAAUGCCAAAGAUGAUCCUGUCGUGGUCAAGCCAAACACAGAGAAGGGCGGCGUUUGGUGGGCACAACUUUCAGACGAUAAUCAAUACAUUAUUGUGUAUGGUCAAGCAAAAUCCCCUGAUACUAGGCGUGCAUAUAUCGCCUCACUUGAUCAACAAAUUUCUGGACCGAUCAAAUGGCUCGCGAUCGCAGCCGAUGAUACCUAUUUCGUACAGCUUGCAGCUAAUAGUGGGCAAGUUUUCUACUUCAGGACUUCUAAGGGUGCACCAAAUCAUAAGAUUGCUCGUUUUGAUCUGGAUUUUUCCAAAGCCAUCCAAACUGAUGAUUUGAAAAGUCUCACGCAAAUCGUUCAAGAAGUAACAGUAGUUCCUGAAAAUCCAGAUGCAAAGCUUUCAGAGUUUGUCUCUUAUGAUACUGACAAGAUCUUUAUUGUUUUCACAAAGGGUGAUGCAGCGCAAUAUAUCGCCUUUGAUCUCAAAACUGGAGCUCGCCUUCAAGAAGUACUGUUGAACACAAUAUCAAAUUCGGCAUACUGUGAUGGCUUUGCGUUUGGUAAAGAUGUUUAUGUCACAGUUAACACCCUCAACGCGCCCCAACAGUUCUAUCAUCUAAAGUGGAACUCUGCCACAAAUGCAUUCACCUCUGAGCUGGCAUACCAACAAAAAACUAAAGUCAUCGAUCCGGACAACUACAUCGUUGAGCGUCAAUGGGUUCCAAGCAAGACCGGCGAUGUCAAAAUUCCUAUUUAUAUCCUCCAUCGUAAAGGUCUGAAGUUGGACGGCUCUCACCCCGUUAUUAUCGACUUCAACGGUGCAUAUGGAUACAAAACUGAAACUUACUUUAAUGCUAAUCGUUAUGCAUUCGUGAGAAGUUACGAUGCGGUCUAUAUUCUGGCUGCCCCUCGUGGUGGUGGUGAAUUGGGGGACAACUGGCACAAGUCUGGGCAAUUGGACAACAAGCAAAAUACUUUUGAUGAUAUCCUUGCGGUCACCAAUUAUGCAGUCGAUCAAAAAUGGACACAACCUGGUAAAGUGAUUUUCCAAGUGUCAUAUUCCGGCGUCUUGGCAGCAGCAGCGGUUAUCAACCAAGCACCUGAAGGUUUGAUUGGUGCCUAUAUUGCAACAAUUGGAGUCUUUGAUAUGUUACGAUCUGAUCAAUCAAAGGAUAAAGAUGCACGUGCUGCUGAAUAUGGUUCACCUUCCGAUCCAAAGGCAUUUGAUUGGUUACGCAAAUAUUCGCCUUUGCAAAACAUUGAUCCCAAGAAGACUUAUCCCACCAUCUUGGUUUACCCUCCCACUGACGAUUCUUCAGCCGAGCCAUGGCAUACCUACAAGUACAUCUCUGAAUUGCAAUUCGAAUUACCCAACAAUCCCAACCCGAUCUUGUUGGGCAACAGUACCGAUUCAGAUGAUGAUCGUAGUGCUACGGCACUUGCCCUUGCUGCGCAUGCUCUUGGCUUUAAACGUGUACAAUGA